CCUAAUAUGGACAGUGCAAAGCUUGGACUGAAGCUGUUUGCCGUGGGCUGUUUCUUCUCUAUGUGCCUGGCUGUUGACUGUAACUGGAAGACUCAUUAUGAAUAUAGAGGGAACUGCUGUCUGGCGUGUCCGGCAGGUAAAUAUCACAAAGAACCCUGCACCAGUCAUUGUGAGGAUUGCCCAGAAACCGCUACUAACACCAGGUGCGCCUGCAGUGACAACCCCUUGUGUAGUGAUGAUCGGUGUUCUGAAUGCGAACCCAGACCGCGGUGCCAGCGCGGAGAAGAACUCAGGAGAACAGGUGCCUUUUCUUUCACUUAUGUUUGCGAACCAUGCCAAGACAACAUGUACAGCGAUGCUGAGGACAGCAUGUGUGAGCCCAUAGUAAACUGCAGAAAGCUCGGUUUGGGUGAGCUCUUCCCUGGAAACAGGACGCACAACGCGAGAUGCGGUUGGCAAGAUUCGGAUCAACUGACUCAUAAGGUCAUAAUAGUGUGCUUAGCCAUCAAUGGGGUGAUCUGCCUGGUGCUGCUAAUUAAUGCCUGCCUUCAAAGGUCUACAGACAAGAGAAAGAAGUACAAACGCAGAUCAACCGCACGCACGCUGGUCGUACCCUCUGAAGAAUGCACGUGUAAACUCUCCAAGGAGGAAAUGGGGGAUGAGUGUGACAGUGACGUCUCUGACAUCUCCACUUCAAAAGAUGAAGUCUGAAGCAAUGUUCCCCAGAAUCUAGGAUUACAGCUAUGGCCAGCAGCACCGCUCAGGGGCCGAUUCUGCAGAACUUGCUGUGUCAUUGCACAGGGACUGACGGUUUACCUUGGAGGACUCUUAAUCUUGUUCCUGUACCAUUACACACGGAGAGAGUUGUGGAGAUUUCUUCUUAAGGAUUUGUUACGUGUUCCUUCAGGUUGGUAGGCGGUCCCAAAAAAUCUUAUAUACCACUUUCCCCUUAAUCCAGAACGGAGUAAAUCAGCCAAGACAUGUUUGAUGUCCGAAGUUUUGCACUGGAAUUACAAAGCUAAUGCAGCUAAUUGUAAUUAAGUAAUGGACAUUUUAUACCCAACCAAUUAGCACUGUGCAAACUGUCUGCCUAAAGCAUCCAGCUCUUGCCUCGAGAUGUUAAAGAGACAUUUUGUCUCAAUUGAAAAAGGAAGUUCUCUGUAUCUUUUGUCAACAAAUGAACUCGCCUCUUACAGCA